ACACAAGAGAGAGAGAGAGAGAGAGAGAGAGAGAGAGAGAGCUCAGAUGAUUUGAUUCGUUUUUGGAAUAUCGCCAGUGAAUUAUUUUAACGCCGGAGAAUUCGCCGGCGGUCACAUUUUUGUUUCAAGUGAUCGGAGGCGAAAAUUUUCUAUUUUAUUUUUUGGCGGUAAAUAAAAUAAUUAUAGGAUGGUGAAUUUUUUGGUGGAACGAGCGACGAGCGAUAUGCUUAUUGGGCCUGAUUGGGCCAUGAAUGUCGAGAUCUGCGAUAUAUGCAAUCGCGAUCCCGGGCAAGCCAAAGAUGUUGUGAAAGGAAUAAAAAAGCGUCUUCGCAGUAAGAAACCAAAAGUCCAGCUACUCGCCCUGACACUAUUGGAAGCAAUUGUGAAGAAUUGUGGGGACAUUGUGCAUAUGCAUGUUGCCGAGAAAGGUCUUCUUCACCAGAUGGUGAAAAUUGUAAAGAAGAAGCCCGACUUUUACGUCAGGGAAAAGAUAUUAACUUUGGUAGACACUUGGCAAGAAGCUUUUGGAGGACCAAGGGCGAGAUAUCCACAAUAUUAUGGAUCCUACCAGGAGUUGUUGCGCAUUGGAGCAGUAUUCCCUCAGAGAUCUGAGAGAUCAGCACCUGUGUUCACGCCUACUCAAACACAUCCACUUUCAUCUGAUCCACAGAAUCUUCAGAAGCCUGAAUCUAGACAGGAUACAGCAGAGUCUUCAGCAGAUGCUGAAUAUCCCACCUUGAGGUGACUGUUUUUCUGUUAAUAUAAAGAAGGAUGCUAAACUAUGACCAUUUUUGUUUACUGAGGAAUUUCCAACAUUCUUUCUGUUUCUUUAAUUCUGUUGCCCAGUUCUCAGCAAAUGUAGCUAGUUUAGUUGGUGGGACAAUAUGAGAAUGGAGGAUCACUGUAGGAAAAUGCUCCCAUUAUCCUUGCAUUGACUUGAUAGAUUAGUCAUUUAUAGUGCAUGGCUUGACACUUUCUCAUGGACAAGCUCAACUUGAGAAAUCUGAAUUUAUUACUCACUAGCGUCUGGACAGUUAGAGCUUACGAGAGGUUUAGGACUACACUAAUUUCUUCAGUUAGUGCUAGUACCAUCUUAUCCCUCAAAAGGUGCUAAGAGGCAAAAAGCUUCUGAGUUCGAUUUCUAGUAAAUCAUUGGUCUUCCAAGCAUGCAAUGUCUGUUGAAUGUAAACCUGCAUUACCAGCUCUUGAUCCGAGUACUUUGAAGCUAUAUGAAAAUCUUUAAGAAGCAGAAAGUGGUAGAAAUGACUCCGACAGGUUUGGAUGAUAUUGGAUGAUUUAAUACAAUACAAGAGGUCCUUAUUUACAGCUAUACUAUACAAGGACAUACUACUCCUCUACC